AUGGACAAGGAGAGAAGUCUUAAACCUUAUUGGUAUCCAAUGGCUGAUGGAGAACAAAAUGAGAUUCUUCCAUCACUCCAUAAGAAUGUAUUACGUCCAGACAUAACAACUAAAGCAUUAGACUAUAUUGUAAAGUUAAUUUGUUUUAUUAUUCUUUAUUUUGUAUUAAGAAUGAUGUAUGGUUUAUUCUAUUUUGUAAUGAAACAAACAAGUAUUAAUCCAGAGUUUCAAGUUUAUAUAUCAGCAGCAAUAGUCGUAGGAAUUUUUAUUAUUGGAGUAUGGAUAUGGUACUUAAGAAGACCAUACCCAGUUUAUUUAGUUUCAUUUGCUACAUCAAUUCCUGAUGACAAGUAUAAAGUUACAACAGAAGAAUUUGUUAAAAUUAUUGAAGGAACUGGAUCAUUUGAACAAGAACAAUUAGACUUCCAGAAAAAAUUGGCUUCACGUACAGGUCUUGGUGAAGAGACAUAUUUACCUGAGGCACUUCAUAGAAUUCCUAUUACUGUUUCAAUGGCAGAUGCAAGAGAAGAAGUUAAUAUUGUAAUGAAAUUAGCAUGUGAUCAAUUAUUUGCACAAACAGGAAUUGAUCCAACUAAAGACAUUGAUAUAGUUAUUACUAAUUGCUCAUUAUUUAAUCCAACACCAUCAAUGUCAGCAAUGUUAAUUAAUAUGUAUAAAUUAAAAACUACUGUUAAAAAUUAUACAUUAUCAGGUAUGGGAUGUUCAGCUGGUUUAGUAUCAAUUGACUUAGCUAAAGAUUUGUUACAGACAUAUCCAAACAUUAACAUUCUUGUAUUUUCUACAGAAAAUUUAACAAAGAAUUAUUAUCCAGGUAAGGUUAAAGGAAUGUUAAUAUCAAAUACAUUAUUUAGAAUGGGAGGUGCCGCAAUAUUAUUAUCUAAUAAAAGAAGUUGGAGAAAUAAAGCUAAAUUUGAAUGUGUUGAUACACAACGUAUUCAUCAUGGUAAAUAUGAUGACUCUUAUAAUGCUGUAUUCCAAUAUGAAGAUGAUGAAGGAAUUGUUGGAGUAAAAAUUGGUAGAGAAUUAUUAAAAUGUGUUACAAGGGCAUUAACACAAAACCUUAAUUUAUUAAUGCCACGAGUUAUUUCAUACAAAGAAAUGAUCAAAUUUAUUAUUUUCUUCAUUAAACAAAAAUUAGGAAAAAUUGACUCUAAAGAAAUUUUUAUGCCAAAUUUCAGAGAAACAUUCCAAGCAUUUUGUAUUCAUGCUGGUGGAAGAGCUAUUGUUGAUGGUCUUCAAGAAAAUUUAAAAUUAACUGAUGAAGAUUGUAUGCCAUCAAGAGCUACUUUAUAUAGAUUUGGUAAUACAUCAUCCUCAUCUGUAUGGUAUGAAAUGAAGUUCAUUGAAAGAGUUGAUACAUUAAAGAAAGGUGAUAAAGUUUGGCAACUUGCAUUUGGUUCUGGACUGAAAUGCAAUUCAGUUGUUUGGAGAAAAUUGAAUUAA